UGCAGUUUGAGCUCACUUCCCUGCUGGGAAGCGCCUUUGAGACCAUCUAACGACUCGGCCCCUAGUAGCUCGGAACUACAAGUCCCAGGGUCCCUCGCGGCCACCUCAGUCAAGUGGCCAGUGGAAUUGGCCCAGGAUGACAGCUGGAGAAUGGAGUCAGUUUUAUCCAAGUAUGAAAACCAGAUUACUAUUUUUGCUGACUACCUAGAAGAAUUUCCAGAUACAGAUGAGCUGGUAUGGAUCUUGGGGAAACAGCAUCUCCUUAAAACAGAAAAAUCUAAGCUGUUGUCUGAUAUAAGUGCUCGUCUAUGGUUUACAUACAGAAGGAAAUUUUCACCGAUUGGAGGAACAGGCCCUUCAUCAGAUGCUGGCUGGGGAUGUAUGCUACGUUGUGGACAGAUGAUGCUGGCUCAAGCCCUUAUCUGCAAACACUUGGGAAGGGACUGGAACUGGGAAAAACAAAAAGAACAACCCAAAGAAUACCAGCGGAUCCUACAGUGCUUCUUAGAUAGAAAAGACUGUUGCUACUCAAUCCAUCAAAUGGCACAAAUGGGUGUAGGAGAAGGGAAAUCAAUUGGCGAAUGGUUUGGACCAAAUACAGUUGCACAAGUGUUAAAAAAACUUGCUUUAUUUGAUGAAUGGAAUUCCUUGGCUGUUUAUGUUUCAAUGGAUAACACAGUGGUCAUUGAAGAUAUCAAAAAAAUGUGCUGCGUCCUUCCCUUGACUGCUGAUACAGCCGUUGAGAGCCCCCCUGACUUUCGGAAUGCUUCAAACUACAGUAAGGCCACCUCUGCCUGCUGCCCAGCCUGGAAACCCCUGCUGCUCAUUGUGCCCCUCCGCCUGGGCAUAAACCAAAUCAAUCCUGUCUAUGUUGAUGCAUUCAAAGAGUGUUUUAAGAUGCCACAGUCUUUAGGGGCAUUAGGAGGAAAACCAAAUAACGCCUAUUAUUUCAUAGGAUUCUUAGGUGAUGAGCUCAUUUUCCUGGACCCUCACACAACCCAGACCUUUGUUGACACUGAAGAGAAUGGAACCGUUGAUGACCAGACUUUCCAUUGUCUGCAGUCACCACAGCGAAUGAAUAUUCUGAACUUGGAUCCUUCUGUGGCAUUGGGAUUUUUCUGCAAAGAAGAAAAAGACUUUGAUAGCUGGUGCAGCCUUGUUCAGAAGGAAAUUCUAAAGGAAAACUUAAGGAUGUUUGAAUUAGUUCAGAAACAUCCAUCACACUGGCCUCCCUUUGUGCCUCCAGCCAAACCAGAGGUAACAACCACCGGGGCAGAAUUCAUUGACUCUACUGAACAACUAGAGGAGUUUGACCUGGAGGAAGAUUUCGAGAUUCUGAAUGUAUAGAAUAGUAGGAACUCAACCUUAAAGUCUGUCUUCCAUCUGGCACCAGAAGAACAUGAACUCAUUACAUAAAACUUUUGUAGUCAGCAAGUGCCUGUUAUGCCAACAACAUACAAACUUGAUAGCAAUCAAUCAUGACUGAGCCAAUCACAGCUUCUCAGAAAAAAACAAUUAACAGCCCUUCCCCAGAAAGAACUAGAACAAUCAUGGAAUCUAGGAGCAGAAAGAUUAGGAGCCAUUCCUUGCUUCCCAGCGUGUCUUAAAUGGCCAUGGCGACUCUGCCGCUACUGAAAUGAGGAGGUGGACAUCUGGAAGAUAGACAGCAACUCCCACCUGGCUUCAAGCAUCAGCUGAUCAGAGAUGGUUACCUGUGCUUCCUCACCCUUUCAGGUGUGAUCUCUUUUGGGCUAAAUACUAAGAAGCAGUCUGUUCCUUUGCUCUAAUAAUAAAGUGAUUACAUCAGGGAGA